ACCGCGCGCCCCUCUUCCGUCCUCUUUCCGCCAUAUUGCAGAACUGGUAAGGUUCAGGAUUGCUACAACGCUUGUAUAAUCUGUCUAAAAUCACGGCCAUCGUUACGUAUCAUCCACAUUUAGACAGAAAUACAUGUUCAUGAGCAGCCAGAGCGCCAGGCAUCAUGGUGCGCAUGAACGUCCUCGCUGAUGCACUGAAAAGCAUCAACAAUGCUGAGAAACGAGGGAAGCGCCAGGUCCUCCUCAGGCCCUGCUCGAAAGUCAUUGUGCGCUUUCUGACUGUGAUGAUGAAGCACGGUUACAUUGGCGAAUUUGAGAUCAUUGAUGAUCACAGAGCCGGGAAAAUUGUAGUCAAUCUCACAGGGAGGCUGAACAAGUGUGGCGUCAUCAGCCCACGGUUCGAUGUGCAGUUGAAGGAUCUGGAGAAGUGGCAGAACAACCUUCUCCCAUCCAGACAGUUCGGGUUCAUUGUUUUGACAACCUCAGCUGGUAUCAUGGACCACGAGGAGGCCAGACGAAAACACACAGGAGGAAAAAUCCUUGGGUUCUUUUUCUAAAACGUGCAAAAUCAACAAAAAUAAACCGUCGAAGCCAA